GUAAUUUUUCUUAUUAUUUCAAUUUCUCAUAUUAUUGAAAAACUCUCAAAAUUUAGUAAUCAAAUAACAAAGUGUUACUUAAAAAUAUCAAUUUAUUAUAAUUAUGAUUGAUUUAUUCUGAAAAAUAAUAACACAUUCAAGCCAUUAUACUAUAUUAAUUAAUUAAUUUUUAAAAACUAAUUUCUAGGAAAAUUAACCACUAAAAUGUUUAAUCUUAAUAGCUUGUUUCGAUCACUACCAACUGUUACAUCUAUUAUGCCUGUCCGUUAUCGGGCACGUAAAUGUACUAGAGACCGAAAAGAAAAAAUAAAUAAAAAAAAUAGAGCUGCCAAUUUAGCUAAAGCACGAAAAUAUAUACCUAUUCUUAAAAAAAAGCAAUUAGAUAAAUCAAGUCGUACAAUUGAAACAUUUCCUUGGCGUGCGCCAAGUGAUGACGUAUAUAUUGGACUUUUUUACCAAAUGCGAAAAUAUACAUUUUUGGAUGCCAUAUUAGCUCAUAAAGAGCUUCACCAUCCUUCAAUGAUAAAUGUACCUGAUGCGCCUCUAAAUGUUCGUCUAGAAAUGGAUCUAACUACAGACAAAAAAAACAAAUUUGUUGAUAAAUAUCAUAAAAUUAUUGAAUUACCUUAUCCAUAUGACCAUGGUGAGGAUAGAACAAUAUUAGCAUUUUGUGAAAGUACAAAAAUGAUGGAAGAAGCUAGAAAUGCAGGUGCUAUGUUAGUUGGUGGUAAAGAUGUCAUCAAAAGCAUAGAGAGAGGUCUUACAGUUUUACCUGAUUUUCAAUAUGUACUUGCUCAUCCUGACAUUCUAACAGAAUUACCUGCCAUUCGAGGUUUAUUAAGAAAACGUUAUCCAACUCUUCAAAAUGGUUUGUUAACAUUAGACUUAGUAGGAAUGAUAAAACAUUACAUAAAAGGGAUAAAAUACAAUAUGCAAGUAGAUCCAUAUGACGAAACUUUGGGAAUAGUUGAAAUGAAAAUUGGUCAACUAUCAGAUGAUCCAACACAUCUUGUAGAAAAUUUUGAAACUCUAUUCAAAGAUAUUAUGACAAAAGCUCCAAAAAAAUCUAAGCCAUCUCCAUUUAUUAUACGGUGUUUAACCCAAACUCCAUCAUCAAAAGAAAAAUUAAAUAUUGAUUUGUCUCCAUUUGUGAAAAAAGAAGAAGAAGAAGAAUCAGAUUCAGAUUCAGAUGAUGAAGAUGAGUCAAAUAAGAAAAUACGUAUCUAACAUUAUGGUAAACAAAUUAAUCUAUUGUGAUUUGUUUAUUGUCGUUAAUUAUUAAAAUAUAUUUAUUAGUGUAGAUAA